UAUAUCAACAAAUUCAACUUAAUGCAAAUAAUCGGAAUAAAAUAUUAGAAUGGGUUUCAUUUGAAAAUGAUAUCAUUGAUGUUGAAUAUCUUGCUGAAGGUGGAUACGGGACUGUAUAUAAAGCUAAAUGGAAGAGCGGUCCUAUUGAAUAUUAUGACGAUGAUGUUCAAGAAUGGUAUAGAUCUGGCGAGAUUGAUAUUGUCCUUAAAAGUAUAAAAGAUUCAAAGGAUAUGACUGACGAAUUUUUUGAAGAG